GGCCCUCCAGAUGAAAUGCCUGUCUCCCUCGGUGAUGUGGUUGUCAACGGCAGCAGAAAUAUCAGACGUAAUCGGCAUGAUGGCGGAGCCGGAAGACUUUCGGUGUUGCUCCAAGUGCUCAUCAUUUUGACCGGCAACUACAAUUUCUUCAACCUGCUGACUUUGGCUCUCUGUCUGUCGCUGCUGGACGACCAGCAUGUAAACUUCUGGCUACGCAAGGCAGACAAGAUCAGCAAAAAUGACUCCAGGCUGUGUUCCUGGCUGUGUUACCUGCUGGAGCUGGCAGUCUGGUCUCUCAUGAUCUUCGGAUCAGUUCUAUGCUUUGACCUGAAGUUGGACUCAACAAAGAAGGGCAUCACCUCCAAGACAGCUUUCACAUACCACCAGUUUAACCAGUUUCUGCAGACGGUCACCAUCCCCUUUAUCUGGAUCGGUGUCCUCUCUCUCACCUGGGAGAUGGUCACAGCCAUGUUCAGGUGUGCAUGUGUCUCCGGUUUCCUGAAGAGGUUUUGGGGAACUCUGCAGUGGUCUGUGUUUGCUGCUGCCACUGCAGCUAUGUUCACCGUCAGUCUGGUGCCAUACAGCUAUAUAGAGUACGACUCUCACGGCAAGCUGUGGCCCGGGGUGCGUCGGGCCUACGACCUGGUGGAUCACUUCCAGCUGGUUAACUCUUACGGCCUUUUCAGAAGGAUGACCGGGGUCAGCGGGCGGCCGGAGGUCGUCAUCGAGGGAAGCAACGACGCAGUCUCCUGGACGGAGAUUGAGUUUAUGUACAAGCCAGGCAACCUAAGUGCCCCAGCUGUGGUGACUCCUCACCAGCCGCGGUUGGACUGGCAGAUGUGGUUUGCUGCCCUCGGGGAUCAAACACAGGCACCAUGGUUCACCAGCCUCAUGUACCGCUUGCUGCAGGGCAAGAGAGAUGUGAUAGAGUUGAUCCAGACGGACGUGUCACAGUAUCCGUUCCACCAGGAGCCCCCCGCCUACCUCCGAGCGCACCGCUACAGAUACUGGUUUACUGAACCCAAGGCUGAUGGAUCCUACCCAGAGCGUUGGUGGAGGCGGGUCUAUGAUGAGGAAUUCUAUCCCAUGGUGCACUUGGGCAACACCUUCCUGGAAACCAUGCUCACUCAGUAUGGACUCAAGGACAUAUCUCCUCCGCGUCCUUUGCCUAACACCCCUGUGGCCAAGGCGGUGCGGUGGGUGCGCUCUCAGGUCAGAGGAGUUCCUGCCCCCGUGCUCAUCUGGACCCUCAUCGCCUGCAGCGCCACCCUCUGUCUGCUCCACAGACUGCAGAGCAGGAACAAACACACAGAAAGAACAGCAGGCACUCAGAAGGAAGCUACGACCGAUCAGACAGCAAAUGCACCUGACAGCGCUCCAGACACGGAUGGGAAGUCAGAUGAAGAGCAGGAAGCAGAAGAGGAGGAAGAGGAGGAAGAAGAAGAGGAAGAUGGAGGGGACUGUGAAGAUGAGGUGGAGGACUGCGAAGGAGAGGAGAAAUACCCUGUUGGGGACGACAAAGAAGAGGAAGACGGGAUGGAAACAGAGGAGAUCCUUGAAAAGAGGAAGUUUUAAAAAGAAGAUGCUUAUCCCAUGAUGAACUGUUAUCACCGUCUGCCUUUUAUAAAUGUUACGAAAAUGACCAAAGAAGGUAUAUGUGUAUAUUUGUCAUUCCUGAUCAGCCAAUUAUAAAACAAAUCUCCCAUCUACACCUUACUGCUUUUCAUGUUCCUUAUAUCAGUCUGUUCACAAUCACUUAAUUCAGCAGAUCAAGAUGUUUAUAUUUUUGAAAGAAAAGAGAACUAUAAAAAUGUAAAUAUAAGCAGUCUUCUGUUCCACUCAUUAAGAGAGUAAUGGUUGCUCAUGUUACUCUGUGUGUGUUGUUGCACUUGUAUGUUAAUUCAGGUGUGUGUUUGCAGGUGUUGUUUGUUACUGUGAUCUUUUGCUCUAUCAACUACACUCCACUUUUCCUUUUUUUAUUCCCCAGAUAUAUAAAUUCCUCAAAUGUAUCAAGAUAUGAAAUGAAUCCCCAGACAAAUUGAUGUGGUUUGUUUUUAAAUGUUUUUUUAUUACAUAUUAAAGAAUAAUUAAAAAAAUAAAA